GAAAAGAGGAAGAGAAAGACUGGAGGAGAAGAAAAAGUUGAGAGUAAAAAGAGUGACACAAGAAGAGUGAAGAAGAGCAGACAGAGGAGGUACAAUGGCUAUUUCCAAGAAACGGAAAUGCCAUUUUAAUGACAACAUGAUGAGAGAAUUUCCAUUUAUACGCCCCAAUUUAUGAGCCAAAGUUUACAUGUGCUAGGACAAAAUGUGAUGCCAUUGUAAGUAACGUAUUAGCACCAUGGGCAGCUACUUUGGUAACACAUGACCUCGACCUAGACCUGUCCAUUAAUGCGUCUAAUCAUGGACAUGUAAAGCCGCUAUUGUAAGAUAGCCUAUAUAAUGGCAACACAUCUGUGGAAACAAAACUGUUUGAUUUUGUUGAAUUGAAAGGAGAAACAGCAAAGGAAAGUGGAGCUGAAGUCCUGGUGGUCAUCCAAAAAUUUAAUCUGGAAAACAAAGUUGUGACAUUCUCUGCCGACAACACAAAUACCAAAUUUGGAGGACUGAAUAGGCUGGGGAGGGUCAGUGAAUACCAAAGUUAAAAAUGCUCUGCAGCGGGAGAUGACUGCAAGACGUGAUGGCAACUUCAUUCCAGUUUUGGUCAGAGAACUUCUGAGAGAGCUAGAGGAAAAUGGAGCAAUGUCAAAAGAGAGCUUUCCCAAAACAUCCCAAUCAUUCUUCACUACGGCUGUGAACUACUUGCAAGCAUGGGGAAAGCACACAGAUGAUCUAAAAGAUUUACAUUGUCUCCUUUUAAAAAGCGAACCACAGCACGAAGAGAUCCAGAAGGCAGCAGCCACACUGCAAGAAAAAUGCCCCAGUGUGACCAUCAACGAGGAUGCGUUGUUUGACGAGGUUACUGGCCAGCAAGAUUUCCUAAAGGGGGGAUCUCUUGAAGAAUGGAAAACAUCUGAGACACCACUUAGUCAGAGAUGGAGCAUGGUGGUUACCCACUUCAAAGUGAAUGACAUCCCACACACUAACCUGGCUAGAUUAAUGUUUAUUGUCAUGUGCUUACUUGGAAGUAAUGCACCAGUUGAGAUAGUGUUCUCCCAAAUGAAUGAUAUAUGGACAGCAGCAAGAAAUAGCUUUGCUGUUCCUCCCAUCAAGGCCAUGCUUAUUGUGAAGACAAACGUCAACCUCCCCAGCCAGGAGUUAAUGGAGAAGCUGGCCGAAGACAGAGCAAUCCUGAAGAAAAUUCUUCUGAGAAAUAUACAGAUUAGACUACCAGGGACCACUGUUAGUGUGUCUGAUAGUUUUGUCUCUCUGUUGCAGUGUGUCUGUUAGUGUGUCAGUCUGAUAGUGUUGCUUGUCUGUCUUCUCUGUCUUGUACGUAUAGAUAAUUAAAUACACUGUAUUGAACCAAUGUAGUUUGACCAUUCUC